AAUAAAAUGAAUCCCUCUGAUUUUUCUCUUCUUCAAUCUAUACAACAUCAUCUCCUUAAUGAUUCUGAUAUUCCACAUAUAUUUUCAGCUAUUGAUUCCAAUAAUACCCCUACUAAUUUUACACAAAAUAAUUUCGAUUAUGGGGAAUUAACACCAUUAAUAAACCCUAGUACUACAUUACAAGCCAAUGAAAAAUCCGAGGUUGAAGAGUCCAAGGCCGUGGUGGCGAGUGUGACACACGCGCCACAAGAUUGGAAGCGGUACCGAGGAGUAAGAAGGAGGCCGUGGGGUAAAUUCGCGGCGGAGAUAAGGGAUCCGGAUAAGAAAAAUGCGAGAUUAUGGUUAGGGACUUAUGAGACACCGGAGGAUGCAGCAUUGGCUUAUGACCAAGCCGCUUUCAAGAUUCGUGGCUCGAAAGCUCGGCUCAAUUUUCCUCAUUUAAUCGGUUCGGGUAUGCCCGAGCCGGCUAGGGUGAACCCUAGGCGUCGAUCGCAUUCGCCGGAAUCGUCAUGUGAAAAUGGAACACCAAGAAAACUAUAUAUUAUUUAAUUUCGUGUUUAAUUACGUUUUAUGUUGUGAUUAAGCGUAAAUUUUCAAUUUUGUAAUACUGGGAAGCAAAUAAAAUAGAUUUUGCUAGGACUGUGAAAUGAUCCCUUUUGUAUUUGAUGACAUACUAAUGUAUCCAAGAUACAAUUUAGUG